AUGGAGAACUCGAGUCUCAAUUCAACUAGACCUGAAGUUGAUGCUAGUAACGUAUCACACCAAGAAGCACGAAACAACCGUGAGAGAAGCAACAGCUUUGUCGGUAGCCGAUCCGUCGACUCUGAUGUGGCUGCCAGCAUGCUCGACAGCACAGCAGACGGCCACUUGCAUCAGAGACUGUCGAACAAUGGGUAUAGGUAUGCACCAAGGACGCCGACAACUCGAGCUUUUGAAGUGGAACAGGAAGCAAGGGAACUUGCUCGAGUGAAUACUGAGUUGGCAAAACAAGUUCCAAGCUUACGGCGGUAUGCAGUUACAGAUGUGGCCGCCUAUGUCUUUGGAGGACGCAAGUGGCUCGCAACGCUGUGCGUUUCAACUCUAUUGUGCAUCGUCUCGUCGUGUAUUUUUCUUGUCGUGAUCGAAAGAUUUCCAGUACUGGCAUCCACAGACUUUUACGAGUCACGGGUGUUUUACACCGUCUCGACAGGUUAUGUUGCCGCAAUAUGUGCAUGUAUCUCCCCGGACUGGCAGUACGCGGUCAUUAUCUUUCUCCAGAACGUUAUCUUUACGAUACUGACCAUGCAUUCCACGGCAUGCCCCAUCAACCAACUUUCCUGUCACAUGGCGAUUAAACCUUCACAGAUUUUUCUGACUGGUAUUGUGGUAUUCCUCGUGUUCCGACUUGCUACAUGUCGAAGCAAUGCUGAUGCACUUUUGACAUAUAUGCUAGACACACUGGGUCUAGUCUACAUCAUUGGUACACUCUCAGUACUCGUUGCGUUCGUAGACGACGAACGCCGAACACUUUAUCGAAAACUGCUCAUUGCUCUGCUGUACGUCGUAUGGGCUUCUGACACGGGUGCUUACAUUACUGGCAAGCUGUUGACGCUCGUCAACUAUCCUUAUUACAAUCCGCUUGCAGCGCAUUUAUCCAAGAACAAAGAUUAUGAAGGAACCGUUGGUGCAAUUGGAUUUGGAAUUGUUGCCAUGAUCGUAACAUCGGACGUGCUAGAUCUCCCUGGUUCGGUUAGCACAAACGUAGCUUUUGCUGUGGUCGCCAUCAUUAUUGGACGUCUUGGAGACCUCUUCGAGAGUUUAUUGAAACGUGCCGCAGGGGUAAAAGAUUCUGGCACGCUUAUUCCUGGUCACGGUGGAGUACUAGAUCGCAUUGAUGCUUUGAUGUUUGCAACGCUCGUGUUCUCACGCUACUAUGCAAUAGUUUACUGA